UCAAAGCGCUGCAGCAGUGGUGCCGGCAGCAGUGCGAGGGGUACCGCGACGUGAACAUCACCAACAUGACCACGUCGUUCCGUGACGGCCUGGCCUUCUGCGCCAUCCUGCACCGCCACAGACCUGACCUCAUCUACCAGGAAAGGAGGCAACUUGUGAAGGACAGGUUCUUGGGGGAGCGCUGAAGUCAGAGUUCGGGGGAGAACAGCUGUGAGGGAGCAAGUAUAGGGCACUGAGCCAGCCCAGGUGGGGCACCCGGCUCCUGGUUAUGCCCGGCAGGUUGGGGGAGUUCACCUGAACUGUAUCCCUGCUCCUCCCACCGGAAGGUGUGUGUGAAUCUCCACUUGCGGAUCCGGAAACAGGCAAGUGGGGCGGCUCCCUGCCCAGUCAGCUGCCCCGAGUGCCCCAGAGCUAUAGAGUCUCUGCAGGCAGCUCUCUAGGAUGCGUGCUGACAGGGUCUGUUUCUACCAUGAGCCACAGCUGCCAGCUGCCAGGUGACUCCAGAGCCACCCAGAGCAAACAGCCCCACCCUCCCCAAGCCUGAGAAGUGAACCUGUCAGGGCUGGCAGUGCUGCAGGGUGACCCCGGACCCCUUCCCCUUCUGGGCCUGACCAGGAACCACCCUUGGGCUCUCUGAGGCAGGCGGGAGCUGGGUGGAGGGAGUGGGCAGCCACCCCGCACCUGCCCAGGGGCCCUUCCGGUGGUCAGGAAACCCUACAGCCCUCCUCUGGGGAUCAAGGACGCAGGGUCCAUUUUCAGAACUUGGGGGGCCCUGGGGUUGUGCAGAUACCCCCUCCCCAGCCUCAGUCAUGUGGCGGGGUGGCCUGAACAUUCUCCAAGCCUCUCCAGCUCUGGAGGCCGGUGGCUGAGGCCAGAAGCAGCGGGUGACUGACCAAACCUUGCAGAGCCCUUGGGUGGUGGCACCCUGUCUGGCGGGACUCCCCCAGGGUCCCCAAGGCUCUAACUCGCCUGUGGCAGGGUCCCCAGGCCUCUCACUCACAUGGGAGGCCCUGCCUGGAAGCUUGAGAGGCUGCCCUCUCUCCCUCCCGGGCGUGGGCGCGCGGGGGUGGCUAUCGUGGCUGGGUGACCUCCUCCCCCUCCCACACAGGCCCUGUGGUCACAGGAAGCUGCCUGGGGACAGAGGCCUUCUGUUCCAGGCCUGAGGGCCUGCUGCCCAAGCCCCUGCUGCUGCCUUCCUGCCCGGGCUCUUCAGAAUGGCUCCCGCCCCUGGGGGCAGCCCUGGCCAGCGCUGGCCCUGAGGCCCAGCCCCGCUGCCGCCCAGUGCUGUUUGUCUCGGUGUCUCUCUGGGUUUUUGUUUCUGGAUCCCGCGAGGUGGGGGCCUCUCCGUCUGUCUGUCUGUCUGUCUCCCUCUGCCCCCAUCCUGGUAGGAUUAACUCCAGAUGUGCUGGAGGUUUCUGGAAGACACACAGCCGGGAUCUUUCCCUCCCUGUCCACCCUGCAUGGCUGCAUUUGUCCUGGGAAACAUGGGACCCGCCAUCUGGGAGCGGGAAAGGGGGUUGACAUUCCCAGAAGCCCUGCCCUCGGGUGCCGGAGUGGGAGCCAUCGCCUUCCCUGGUUGAACUUAACACUCUGUGGGGCCUUGGUGGCCUGCGGGAGGCAGGGUUGUGCCUUGAUCUGGCCAGGCUGGGCACACACUGGGCGUAGUUGGCAGACACGCGUGACUGGCCACUGUAGGCCCCGCGGACUCAUCUGUCCUGCCAGUGUUCAAAGAACCGACGAUGGCCGUGGAACCCCUACUCUGCAGACACGAGUGGACUCCUUCAUCAGCAAGCAUGAAUAGAGCACCAGCUGUAUACCUGGCCCUGGGGUCCAGAAACUUCAGUGCCCUCCGGAAGGAGAACAUAUAUGAGAACAACAAACUGGCCUUCCGUGUGGCUGAGGAGCAGCUGGGGAUCCCAGCCUUGCUGGACGCUGAGGACAUGGUGGCCCUGAAAGUGCCUGACCGGCUGAGCAUCCUGACCUACGUGUCCCAGUACUACAACUAUUUCCAGGGCCGCUCCCCCAUUGGGGGCAUGGCUGGGGUGAAGAGGCCCUCGUCAGACUCCGAAGAGGAACCUUCUGGGAAGGCCCCAUGCCAGCCGGCCAAGCUGCCCGCGCAUGCCCCAGCCCGGGGGCCACCACUCUCUCCUGCUAGGACAAACCCCGUGGUCCAGAGGAAGGACGGGGGCUCCGAGGCCCCGUCCCCGAAGACUGGCCCCGCGGUGGCAGGAAGCUCGGUCAGCAGCACCUGUGGGGUCUGCGGCAAGCACGUGCACCUGGUGCAGCGGCACCUGGCUGACGGGCGGCUGUACCACCGCAGCUGCUUCAGGUGCCAGCAGUGUUCCAACACACUGCACUCAGGGGCCUACCGAGCCACAGGGGAGCCGGGCGUCUUCGUCUGUACCAGCCACCUCCCCAGAGCUGCCUCUGCACAGCCCACGUUGCCAGGCCCAACCUCCAGACAAACGGGGGCCGUCCCUGGGCACGCCUGGCCCCCCAGUGCCCCACAGAAGGCCCAGGAGACAAAUGGGCUGAGAGAGGCAGCCCCAAAGGCCAGGCCAGUGGCCCAGGGGCCUGUAAUAGGCAAUGCGACUGCCAAAGGUUUUGUUCCCGCUACACGGGACCCUCCAGCCCCCUCCGCUCCCAUCCAUGGGAGGAGCCCAGCGGGGCCCAGGCUGUCCACGAGCCGAGUGACCUCCUCUGUGGACGGCAGAGUCAGCACAUGUGUGACCAACAGCUCCCCAGUGGGGUGGUCAUCUCCUGCUCAGGGUGCAGUGGCAGCCAGCUCGCGUCCUACUGUGUCCCCAAGUGCCCCGGACCUUCGUCCUGCCACACCGCAAGGCCGGGGAAGCCCCCAAGUGGCAUCAGCCCAGACCAAGCUGCUUUCGAGCUCAGGGUCCCCAGGCACAGCGGACGCUCCAGCCUGGACCCCCUCGGCCUCCAGGACCCAGCAGGCCCGGGAGAAGUUCCUCCAGACGCCAGUGUCCCCCAGCAGUGGCCCAGCAAGCAAGGGCCCCGCUGCAGCAGAUGCCUCUCCCUGCAGAGAGCAGGCCCUGAGCUUCCUCAGGAAGGCCCUCCCGGGGCUGGAGCAGGCUGGCACCCAGGCACCCAGCAGGCCGUCCCCAGUCACCACUCCUGCCUGCAAUCCCCAUCCCCAAACUGAAGGGCCACAAGCGAUUCCCGCAGCCCGAGCCUCACAUUCAGCGGCUCCCCAGGCUCGUAGCCCCCCUUCAAGGACGGAGCUGCCUCCCCCAUUGAGUGUGGGCAGCACGUCAAGGCCAUCGCCCCAGGCUGGCAGAAGGAACUUGACUGUAUCCUCUGGGGUCAGCUGGACAAGUGCUGUCUCUAGGCCGAAGCCGGAGGCCCCACCUGCAAAGGGCCCAGGUGCCAGCCCCCAGGAAGGCCAGGAGGACAGGCCAGAAGAAUGGAGGGCCCGCCUGAAGCCUGUGGACAAGAAGACCCCCGCUAGCAGGUCUUUGGAUCUGAGGGAGCCGCGGAUCCCGACAGAGCUGAGGGUGGGAGAGGCCCUCAGGAAGGUCUCAGGCGACUCCACUGGGGGUGUCUGCAUCACCCUGACCCCUGUGCGGCCUGAGGGGACACCAAGACCAGUCAGCCCCAGGUCUGGCAUCUCAGCCCCUCCCCCCUCCCCCACCCUCGUCCACCGCAGGAGACUGGCCAUCCCUGCCAAUCUUGAUGUUUCUGCUGACUGGCUGCAGUCGGAGCCCUCUGGGCAGGAAGCCCUGGCCGGGAGCUGGAAGGAGGAGAAGCCCCAUCCUGGGGGCAAACCAGGGAGGCCCUUGGGCCCGGCCGCUGUGCCCACUCAGCCCGGCAAGAAGGUGACCUCCCCCGUCAGGCUGCACCCUGACUACAUCCCCCAAGAGGAGAUCCAGAGGCAGGUGCAGGACAUCGAGAGGCAGCUGGACGCCCUGGAGCUCAGGGGCGUGGAGCUGGAGCAGCGUCUGCGGGCAGCAGAGGGAGAUGACACGGAGGACGGCCUCAUGGUGGACUGGUUCCAGCUCAUCCACGAGAAGCAGCUGCUGCUGAGGCUGGAGUCGGAGCUGAUGUACAAGUCCAAGGACCAGCGCCUGGAGGAGCAGCAGCUGGACCUCGAGGGUGAACUGCGACGGCUGAUGGCCAAGCCCGAGGCUCUGAAGUCACCCCAGGACCGGCAGCGGGAGCAGGAGCUGCUGAGCCAGUAUGUGAACACGGUGAAUGACCGCAGUGACAUCGUGGACUUCCUCGACGAGGACCGGCUCCGGGAGCAAGAGGAAGACCAGAUGCUACAGAACAUGAUCCAGAAGCUGGGUACCUCAGGUCUCCAGAGGAAAAAGUCCAAGUUCCGCUUUCCUAAGAUCUGGUCCCCUAAGAGCAAGACUGGUCACCCUGAGUGAGCUGCCCGGCAGGCCCAGACCUUGCAUCUAGGCUGGAGGAGGGACUGACUGGAGGGGCACUCUGGCCACAGGGCCUGUGCCUCCCUUUCCUCGUGCCUUCAAAAAAGAAACUAGAUGGGUGCAGUGGCGCAUGCCUGUCAUCCCAGAGACAUGGGAGGCUGAGGCAGGAGGAUCGCAAGUUCAAAACCAGCCUCAGCAAAAAGCGAGGCUCUAAGUAACUCAGGGAGACCCUGUCUCUAAUUAAAAUACAAAACAGGGCUGGGGAGGUGGCUCAGUGGUCGAGUGCCCCUGAGUUCAAUCCCUGGUACCAAAAAAAGAAACUGACGGAUGUCCCUGAUGUCCUCCUCCACAUUCCUUAGGUGAGCUGGGGGCCCAGCACCAGGCCCAGGGGCUCUACCUCAGUCCAGCUCUACCCAGAGGGGAUGAGCUCUGUGGCCUUGAGUAGCAGCUGACCCUCUCUGGGCCUUGCCUGCGCUCACUGAGAAGGGUGCUCUGCCUCCUGGCUGCAUGGAGAGGCUGGACAUGAACUUCGUGGGGGGGGGGGGCGCUGUGGAACUGAACUCAGAUGUGGCCCCCAGGAGACGUGCAUCUCAGUGGCCUGACAUCUGAGACCUUGGCUGUUCCAAACACUGGUGGCCGGGCCCAGGAAUGGAAGACCCCUGGGUAGGGCAGGGUGUGACUGGCCAAAGGAACCUCAGGACCACGGUCUGGGAGCUUAAAGAUGCCCAGUGUGGGCAGAGAGGCCAGAGGGAAGAGUCGGGAGGCAGACUGCCCGAGUGGUCACCAGGCCUGGGCCAGGUGCUCCAGCGUGGCCUGGUGCCCUGGGCCCUGGGCAUCUGGGAGCAGUUCUGAGCAGAGGCCCCGGAGCCUCUGUGUAUUAGGGGGAAGCAGGAGGGGCUUGGGCGGUGGGCUGACGGUGCAGCUGAGCCUCUGGGGCUCCCCAGACCAAUGUCCUUAGAUCUGACCCACCAGGGGACUUGUGGCAGUGUGGCAUCUUGGCCACCAGGGGGAGGCAGAGUGCCACGCAGCAGGGAUGGGGCAGCCUGGCGCACCCCCAAAGCGGCUCCAUUUUUCAGAUAAGGAAAUCGAGGCUCAGAGAGGUGAUACAGUGUCCUGAAGCUGCACAGCACAUUAUAUGCAGGCUGAGGACUAGAACCUGGGGUCAACCUCUGGGCUUCUGGACUGUGCCCUUGAGGGGCCGUGAGUGCUCCUGGGGGGUGAGUCAGGAGGGGAGCCAUGGGGCUUUUGUACAGGGAAGGCAAGGGUGUCCAGCUACUACCUUGGCCACCUGGGCUGGACCUGCUGGGGCCACACAGCUCCAAGGUUCCCCACAGGGCAAUACUCAGGAUCCAGCCAUCAGGGGACCCCAGGAGCAUCUGUGGGGUGCCUGGUGGCACUGGCUGGACACCCCAAUGCUCAAUAAAUGGGGCCCUGAAAGUCAAGUCCCCCAAGCACUGACCAGCACUGACCAGCAGGACAUAUACAUUGCUGCCUGCCAGGGGCCCGGCACCUGCAGCCCCAUGUGACACUGGCCAUUGGGAUGCAGAGUUAAGGUGCCCGACCUGGCCAGAUGCUAGGCUCUAGCAGCCACUGUUGGAGCAGUGAGGCCUGUGGGGCCCUGGGGUGGCCCCUUGGGGACGGGGUGGCGCUGGUUCACCCUGCUUGCCCCCAACUUGGAAGUGAACCGGCCCCCCCACAGCUGACCGGACAACUUGCCCUGCACCCCAGACUGGACUUGGGGCUUGGGCAAUCUCCAGAGGUGCCCCAGGGCCACCCUCUCCUGCCUGUGUACACAGGAGGCACUUAAUGUGUGCUCAGUCCUCUCUAUUCCCAGAGUGGCCUGGAACAGCAGUGUUCAUGCGUGGAUAUAGGGUGGGGGAUAAUUAGGGAGGGGCUGCCUCUGUCCCAACCCAGCCCUGUGUCCAUGGGUCCCCAGGCCUGCAGCCUCCAGGGGUCUGAGACAGAGGCUGGGUUGAAGGACAGUCCAGGCCUGGGCUCAGCCAGGUGGCCCAUCUUCCCAGGGCCCUGUGGGGACUCCAGCCUCACCCCUCUCCACUGCUCCCAGCUCCCUGGCCUCUGUGUUGCAGGCCCCUCUGCCUGAACCCCCAAGUCCCCCGUCCAGGUCCCUGUGCCCUCCUGGGAGAGGGGCCCUGGUCCCUCAGCCCCUGGAGCUCACCUGGCUUUGGCUGUUGUCCGGUCCCUCUCUCAGGUGGAGGUUCUUGAUGUCAGGGGUUGCCUGUCCCCGCACUGUGUGUGUGUCCCCUGCUCUAGUAUGGUGCCUGACCCCGAGCAGAGCUUGGCCGACAUCCCCUGGGGGGUGGGUGAAGGAGCGAGCAAACCAGGUUCCACCUGUGACGCAGGUUGUCCGCGCCCUGUGGCCUCCAGUUUGUCACCUGUGCACCAGCAAUGGAGACUGACACUGCCUGAACCCGACUCAGCGCCCUGGUGAGGGCUUGAGGUCCCUUGGGGGGCCUUCUGGGGUGUCCCAGAGCUGAGGGCCACACCUCUACUUGGGCCAGACCCCCACCCCCAGUCUCUGCAGCAGUGUGUGUAGGGCUCAGGGUGGGAGUUGAACCCACAGCCCACCCCUGUUCCUGAGGGCCAGGGCCUGGUCACCCACACCUCCAUGUAGGCCUGGGUGUCCUCAGGGGGGUCAGGAAGACCCCAAGGGACUCAGGGGCCGGGGAAUGUGGAGCAAGGUGUGGGAGUGGACACAGCUCUGGGUGGCCCCCUCCCCCUUCCCUGGAGAUUCCUAACCCUGCAGGAGGGGUACAGCCAGAGGACAGGGGCGGGGCGGGGCGGGGCCCUCUCACCACCGCACCUGGUCACCGCCUUCCAGGGCCCUGCUAGCAGAAGCCUUUGACCAGGUGCGGUGGUCAAAGCACAUCUGUCUGCUGGUCCACCUAGGGGUCUCCCCCGGGCUGGCCUUUCCGGAGGAAGCCCAGCCUGGAGUUUGGGGUUCUGCACUAACGAGGCCUCCCAGGCGGCCAGGAAGCCCUUGAUGAAGACGGAUAGAGCGAACGCGGCCCAUUAAAUUGUUAAUAAAGAAUAUCCCACACACACCUUCAUCCGCAGCCGUCCUGACACUUUAUAAAGCACAUUAGGAUGUAAUCCAAUUGAAACCGCAAUAUCGAGAACAUCUUAUCACAAAUUGAAAUUAUAUCAUAUUCCUCUUUUCUUAAAUUAAAAAGCUAAAACCUU